AUGCGCGAGUUUUGGGACUUGGAAAGCACCAUCCUCGACAAGUUCGGCAACACACCACCUGAAACACCUACAGUACGUGUCAAAAAUAUCACUCAGACAUCUCUUAUUUUGGAAUGGGAUCCUCUUGUUUUACAUACUGCCACACUUCGAUCUUUGGAUAUCUUCAAAAAUAAUACUAAACUUGCUCAGCAUGUACCAGGAGACGCCAAUUUCAUCAAAUUAUCUGGAUUAGAUGUAGAUCAAGAAUAUAAAUUCCAUAUUGUUAUCAAGACGACAGCUGGUCAAUACAAAUCCAACCAGGCCACGGCACGUACGCACAAGAUGGAAAAUUUGACAGGGAUCCGUGUAGCAUUCGGUAACUUUGAACAGUCUGAAUCGGCACUUGACGAAUUGAAACAACUCUUGGAAAAGAUGGGUGCCACUUGGACUGACGAGGUGAAUCACGAAACAACUCAUGUCAUUGCUCAACGUCCUGGAACUCGAAAUUAUGAUACUGCCGUCCGAUACUCUAUACCUAUCGUUAAACCCGAUUGGCUCAUUCAAUGCGACAAGAAUAAAAAGAUUCAGCCGGCUCUUCCUUAUUACAUAGUCAACGUCCCGUCUAGUGACUAG